AUGGCAUCAGAAGAACAAUAUCACGCUAUCAAACCGGAUCCGGCCAUGAUGGAAGAAGUGGAAGACUUGUUGCUAUCGUAUAUCAACACGGAUUUGAUGGAAACCAGUCAGUGCUCAAGUUCCGACCAACCACCUUCACCUCCUUAUUCAACAUCAUCAUCCGUGGACGAUGGCGUUCACGGCAAGCUGAGUAAUGUCGGUACUGAUCUGGGUCUGGGUUACGAUUCAUCUGGUGCAUGGCCCAUCACCGACAUGCCUGCCCACGGUUCGCCUUACGACGGUUGUCUUCCGUCGGAAUGGAUGUCCCAGUUACCGUUCAUGGUGCCUUGGUUACAAACGUCGGUGCACCCUUAUGCCUUUAUGAAUGAUCCUUCGCUUUUGACCCAAUCGGGUCUGCCACGAGGUUUAUCAGGCCGACCAUCGGUGUCAUCAUCACGGUCCUCGUUCUCUUCCGCUUCUUCGUCCUCUUCUGACAGUGAACAGCCCAAGAAAAAGCGCGGAAGAAAGAAACGUGACUCCAACUCUCAAGGCACCACCACCCCAGGAACCCAUUCAACACCCCCCAUCCUGGCCCCCGCACCGAUCAAGCCCACCCUGAUGCCUCUUUUACCCGCCAGUCGACCAGAAUCCACCACGGAUUCUGUACCGGUGAAAAUCGAGCCUACCACCGAUCCUGUAUGCCUCUCAUCGACUCCGCCCGUUGGAUUAACAACUGGCACGGUGACUAAAGAAACCCCUACCUAUGCUUCGACCGACGCGGAUGCACCGAUGCCGGAUCCUAAAGUGUUAGCCGCGGCGAAACGGCAAGAACGCCUCAUUAAAAACCGAGCGGCGGCGUUACUAUCGCGGAAACGCAAGCGGGAGCAUUUGACGCAGUUGGAACAACAAACUCAAGUGUUGACGGCGGAAAACGAAAAUUUGAAAGCAACCGUGGCUAGUUUGGAGGCGAAGCUCGUAUCAUUAGAAAAGGAAAACUGCGAUCUGAAAAGCUCCUUUCCCCCUGCUGAGAAUAGUAUGGAUUCGGAACCGUUGGCGACAGGCGCCUUGUCCAAAUCUCCGCCUCACAACAACAAAAGCGCCAAAACAACCGGCAUGGUGUUUAUGAUCCUCCUCUUCUCUUUUGCUUUGUUCAAUUUGCCUUCUCACUCAUCCAAGCAACUGACCGUCGAUGAAAAGCAAUUGCCCUUGAUCACCUCCACUAGAGGCGUGACUGACGUGCGUUAUCCAUAUCCCGGCGAACAAUCACAUGCAUGCAACAGUGGUGCGUUGCUUGAUACCCCAUCAGACGCGAAUCACUGUUCGUCCUCCGUCCGAUCCACUAUUUCAGCCUCCACCGAUCUCGUCACCCUGGAACCCAUUGAAACACGGACUCUACAAGCAUGGAUUCAGGAUAAAAUGGGAAAUCUCAGUAAUACAGAUCAGCCACCAUCCAGUGGAACUCUGGAUGGUGAGAUCAAGCGCGAGGAGACGAAUAAGCGGCCUGACAUGUAUCUGUACAGCUCUCAAUUUGCGCGGAUGAUGCCUAGCCGGAAUGAAAGCGGGCAAGCAGUAAUAGACGACGUGAUGGAAUCCCAGAGUUUGGAAGCGUUCAAAUCGCCGUCGUCGGUGGUAUUGCGGUUAAUCUCACCUUUGGACACGGAUGCUGGCAUGACGCGACAGGAGAUGGAGCAGUAUUUGCGAAUGGAUGUGCAAGUCAUGGAGUCACGUGUGAUUCAAGGACCAUUGAUCGCCCAACACCAAGACGGCUAUAUACAGAGUCGAUUGGGUGGUCUCAAACGCAAAAGAGAAGGACGUCGAAAAAUUGCAGGAAAAGACCGUCUAUCUCGAGUUGUGAUAUAG